GACACCAACACAACCGCAACGCCAUCGGAACGAAAACGUCAAACCGAAAUAUUGGUCGCAAAAAUGCUGAACGCUGAUAUUUGGAAAUCGUGGGAAAGAAGUGGAAAAUCUGAAUUCUUGAAACAAUGCAAAGCUCUGCUGAAGGAGGAAAGCGGAAGUCCGUUACUGGGUCAGAAUGACCGGAAGACGGGAAUCGCCCGGGCAAUCUACGAGCUGGUGUCCCACGGCAUCCGUGGCCCAAUCAAGAAGGAAAGUGCCCUGGUGAUGUUGGGCGAACUUGCCGCCCUGCACAGUGACAUUCCGUCGAUUAUGUUGGACAUCUUUGGAGUGCUGGACGCGGAAACGGCUGCCGGAGGUGGUGGAAGUGGUGCCGAUGCUUCCACCGAGGAACGGGGCGCCUUUUGCUACAUCGUGAAAGAGUCGGAACGGUUCCUUUCGGAGAAGCUGCUGAAGGAACGGCUGGAGAUCGACACGCUGCAGGACGUGGGCACAAUCAAGAACCGGAGCUUUUACACCAAGUUCAUCAAGGUUAAGACGAAACUCUACUACAAACAGCGCCGUUUCAAUCUGUUCCGCGAAGAGAGCGAAGGUUACGCCAAACUCAUCACGGAGCUCAAUCAGGAGUUUACCGAAACCAAUACAGUACAAAGCAUAUUGGAAAUCAUCAAAUCGCUCAUCGGUUGCUUCAACCUAGACCCGAACCGGGUGUUGGACAUUAUGCUGGAAUCCUUCGAAACCCGCCCAGAACACGACAAGAUCUUCAUUCCGUUGUUGCAGUCGUACAUCAACGAUGGCAACAUCAUCUGCGAGGUGCUGGGAUACAAAUACCGACAUUUCGCCGACAGUCGAACUCCGGAAUCCCUGUUCAAGGUGACGGCCCUCCUGUUGCAGCAUGGAGUAAUCAAGCUGGACGAUAUCUACGCUUGGCUCAGUCCGACCGACAAAUUGAUCGUCACCGAGUGGGAAACGGACGUGAACGAUGCGAAAGAAUUUGUCCGCAGACUGAAUGUCGUGUCCACCAAUAAGGAUAAGGAGCAGGAAGCGGAACCGGAAAAGGUUAUGACUCCGGAAAAGUACGCCACCAAUCAAAAGUGGGGUCUGUGUGAAGCACUUCUUCAUGUUGGAGAUUGGAACACUGCUCAGCUUUUGUUGAAGAAGCUUCCUGAACAAUCAGUAAUGGUCCAUGAGCGCAUCGCCAGGGCUCUCUGUCGACUUUUGCAUAUGAUAAUCGAACCAGUUUACCGUCUGAAGUGUGCCCUUCCUUGUAACAUCAAGGGACGCCCCAUCAGCAACGGACUGAGUAAAUUGGCCCCUGCGCCAGUUACCACAAUCUCCAAACUACGUAAUCAUGCCUUCCCUAUGUUCACCGCCUUGGGACCUUCACUGCACUACGACUCGGUUCUCCUUUACAAACUGUUACGUCUGGUUCGCGUUAUUCUCACGGAAAUGAACGUCGACCCGGCAAAUACUCCGGCUCCCGGUUCCGAGAACGAGCAGCUUUACUACGACAUCAUUACCAUACUGGAUGCGUCCAUCUUGCCUGCGCUCUCCUACAUGGAUUGCAACUGCUGUGUUGCGGAAGAAAUUUGGUCCAUCGUGAAGCUGUAUCCGUAUCAGUAUCGGUACAGUUUGUACGCUCGCUGGAAGAACGACACCUAUCAGCUGCAGCCGAAGCUGAUCCGUCGCCGGGGGAAUGCCCAGAAGCAAAUCAAAGCUUUGAUGAAGCGCGUCAGCAAGGAGAAUAGCAAACCCGUAGGUAGACUAAUCGGCAAACUUAGUCAUUGUUCACCGGGAUUCCUGUUCGAUUAUAUCCUUUUGCAAAUUCAAAUCUACGACAAUCUGAUCACGCCAGUGGUGGAUUCCCUCAAGUAUCUGACCUCACUGUCGUACGAUGUGCUCGGGUACUGUUUGAUCGAAUCGCUCGAGCAGGUUGAUCGCAAUCCGAUGCAGAACGAUGGCACUUCGAUUUCGCUGUGGCUGCAGAGCUUGGCCAACUUUUGCGGGGCCAUCUACAAGAAGUACAACAUCGAACUGAGCGGGCUGCUGCAGUAUGUGGCCAAUCAGCUGAAGGCGCAUAAGAGUUUGGAUCUGUUGAUUUUGAAGGAAGUGGUGCAGAAGAUGACGGGGAUCGAGGCGGCCGAAGAAAUGACCGCGGAACAGAUCGGAGCCAUGUGCGGUGGAGAAUUGCUACGCGGCGAGGCCGGUUAUUUCAGUCAGGUGCGCAAUACUAAGAAGUCCUCUCAGCGUCUGAAAGAUGCCCUGGCCAGCAAUGAUUUGGCCGUAGCGCUUUGUCUGUUGAUUGCCCAGCAGAAGCACUGCGUAAUCUACCGUGAAACGGCCUCCAGUCAUCUGAAGCUGGUCGGAAAACUGUACGAUCAAUGUCAGGACACGCUGGUUCAAUUCGGGACUUUCCUCGGAUCAACUUACUCGGUCGAAGAGUACGUCGAGCGGUUACCAACCAUUCAUAGUAUGUUGCAGGAGUAUCACAUUCACUCGGAUGUGGCGUUCUUCCUGGCCAGACCGAUGUUUUCCCACGCUAUCAAUCAAAAGUACGAUCAACUGCGCAAGGCGGAUCAGAACUCGAAAAAGCUGUCCACUUCGCAGAAGAUGGCCAAGUAUCUGGAAGCGACCGCUUUUGUCAUGAAUCCGGUCAUCGAAUCGGUUCGUCCGCUGCACCCUCCGAAAGUCUGGGAAGACAUCAGCCCACAAUUCCUGGUAACAUUCUGGUCCUUGAGCAUGUACGAUUUGCAAGUUCCGGCCGAAAGCUAUCAGCGUGAAAUCAACAAACUGAAACAGCUUUCCAUAUCAGCGAUGGACUCGAAGGAUCAAAACGCCUCCAAGAACAAAAAGGAACAGGAACGGCACGUGGCAUUGAUGGAGAAACUUCAGGACGAGCGCAAGAAGCAGCAAGAGCACGUCGACAAGAUUAUGCACCGGCUGACAAGCGAGAAGGAUUCCUGGUUCCUUUCGCGCUCGGCCAAAUCUGCCAAAAAUGAAACCAUUACUCAGUUCCUGCAGCUAUGCCUUUUUCCACGAUGCACUUUCACAGCGUUGGAUGCCCUCUACUGCGCCAAGUUUGUCCACACGAUUCACAGUCUCAAGACGGCCAACUUCUCGACCCUGUUGUGCUACGAUCGGAUAUUUUGCGACAUAACUUAUUCGGUUACGUCCUGUACGGAAAACGAAGCUACUCGCUAUGGACGUUUCCUGUGCGCCAUGCUGGAGACUGUUAUGCGUUGGCACGCCGACCAAAGCACCUUCAAUCGCGAAUGCUCCAACUAUCCAGGUUUCGUUACAAAGUUCCGCGUCAGUAACCAAUUCUCCGAAGCGAACGAUCAUGUAAAUUACGAAAAUUACCGUCAUGUAUGCCACAAGUGGCACUACAAGAUCACCAAGGCCAUGGUGUUCUGUUUGGACUCCAAGGACUACAUGCAAAUUCGUAAUUCGUUGAUUAUCUUGAUGAGAAUUCUUCCGCACUUCCCGGUUCUGGCUAAGCUGGCUCAGAUCAUUGAAAAGAAGGUCGAGAAAGUCCGCGAAGAGGAGAAGAAUCAACGCCAAGAUCUGUUCGUUUUGGCUUCGAGUUACAUCGGGCAGCUAAAGGCAAAGUCUGGCCAAAUGAUGCGAGAAAGCGACUUCCACCAGGUGUCGGAGAAACCCGUUAAAGUGGAACCGCAGGAGUCCUCCAAGGCCAUGAAUGGAGAUAGCAAAAGUGAACGCAAAGAGAUCAAAUUGGAGAAGAAGGUCAUCACGAGCAGCAGUUCGUCGUCCAGCUCGAAGCCGCAACAAAGUUCCAACUCAUCGUCCAACAACGCGACCUCCAACAAUAGCAGCAACUCCGACGUGAAGAUCAUAGAACGGGAAGUCAAAAAGGAAACGCCAGUACGGGAAUCGACUCGCGAAACGUCGGUCAGCAGCAGUACGAAGGAAAAGUCCUCCAAGGAAAUCAAACGGGAAGAGCGUGCCCGGGAGAAGGAACGCGAGCGGGAAGAGGCAGCCGCCGAGCGCAAGCGCGAAAGGGAGAAAGAAAAACGACGUGACAAAACUACCAGAGCCGCCCUGGCAGCAGCAGCCCAAGCUGAGUACGAACUUCAAUUGCAACAGCAACAGCAGCAACAACAACAGCAUCAGCAUAGCAGCGAGAGGGAAUCGCGUGCCAGCGAGAGGGACCGAGAACGCGAUCGCACCGAACGGGACCUCAGCUCGGUGUCCAACUCCAGCAACGAGCACCGGCGCAGCCAGGAUCCACCGGAGCACGACAGAGAGGUGAAACGUCGCAAGCUGGAAAGUUCUACCUCAAAGAGCAAACACGGCGACGACGGCGGUACAAUCCAGUCCUCAUCUUCCGCGGAGUCCAAAAAGGAACGCAGCAGUAAGUCCAAGGACAAGCGAGACAAAACGGACGAAGAAAAGGAACUCCGCAAGGAGCGUAAGCUCGGCCGAAAGCGGGAUCGUGCCGAGGAGAUCAUGCUUGCGGAGAAACGUCGCCGCGAGGAGGAAAAAGCCAAGUUGCAUUUGCAAAACGGCGAAGACGAUCUCGGUACAUCGCAUCGCGAUAAGCAUCAUCAUCUGAGGGAAAAAUCACCCGCCUACAAUCCACGUGAUCAUCGUGAACGUUCACACGAUCGUGUCGAUCGCAGCGAAAAGCAGUACAUAACGAAAUCAUCGCGCACCAGAUCCGGAUACUAGACGUUGCUCGGUAAAUUGGUUUGAUUUACUUCCUUACUUUAAACAAAUGAUUUUCCAUAAGAUUUUCCGUUUUUGACUCUUCAGUACAAAGCAAAUGAUUUAUGAAAUAGAAAGUGACCGUAUGAUUGAUGCCUGACCUAGACCAUUUUUGAUUACAGCAAUUCAAAAUUAUCUUCAGAUUUAUAGCUUCAUUUUAUAAACCUUUAGUUAGGGUAAUUAUUAGAACUCAGUUGAAACGAGCGCGUGAGAGAGUGUAGUGCUUGCGAACUUGGUGUGAAUGAUCUCGGCUGAAAGUUAGCGAGUAUCGCUAAUCUUACACUACAUAAUGUAUUUUACACGAUUAGAAGUAAAUCAGUAACUUGAAAAGAAACAAUACUAGUAAGCCUAAUGUUCAGGUAAUGCAACCUUACGCAUCCUAAAUAGAAGUACAUUUUAAACGCAGAACAGAAACAUUCACACUUGAUGAUUGAUAACUUGUGAUUUUAAGCCACACUUUCUCGUGAGUUUCGUUCGGAAACGUGUAAAUGUCAUCUUCAGAAGAAUAUAACGAAUCUGUCGUAAGAUA